UCUUCACUUUUUUCUUCAACUCAGGGAGAUACCACAAAAAGUACAAAAGAUGUCUUCUUCGUUUCUAUUCUCCACUGCAUCCUUUUUUAUCGUUCUUCUCUAUCUGGGUUCCUGCCACGUGUCCAAUGGAGCUCAACAAGCAACUUACAUCGUUCACAUGGCAAAAUCUCAGAUGCCUUCGAGCUUCGACCUCCACUCUCUCUGGUACGCUUCUUCACUCAAAUCCGUCUCAGAAUCCGCUGAGUUGCUCUACACUUACAACAACGCGAUUCACGGAUUCUCCACUCGGCUUACUCCCCAAGAAGCUGACUCGCUUAUGACUCAACCAGGCGUCAUCUCGGUUCUACCAGAGCAACAGUACGAGUUACACACCACCCGGACUCCACUAUUCCUCGGUCUGGACGUACACAACGGAGAUCUAUUCCCUGAAACUGAAGCGUCCAGCGACGUUGUCGUCGGAGUUAUCGACACCGGUGUUUGGCCAGAGAGAAAAAGCUUCUCCGACAAAGGAUACGGUCCCAUUCCGUCUACCUGGAAAGGCAAAUGUGAGGUUGGGACUAACUUCACAGCCUCGCUCUGUAACCGAAAACUGAUCGGAGCUAGAUUCUUUGCUCGUGGUUACGAAGCAGAGAAGGGACCAAUCGACGAAUCCAAAGAAUCGAGAUCGCCUAGAGACGAUGACGGUCACGGAACACACACGUCAUCAACCGCGGCAGGAUCCGUCGUGGAAGGAGCUAAUUUUUUAGGCUUCGCUAAUGGGACAGCUCGUGGGAUGGCUCCAGGCGCUCGACUGGCAGUUUACAAAGUUUGUUGGAAAGGUGGUUGCUUCGAUUCAGAUGUUUUAGCUGCAAUUGAUAAAGCCAUCGACGAUAACGUCAACGUUCUAUCCAUAUCUAUGGACGAUUUAACGUUGGAUUAUUAUAGAAACGAUAUUGCCAUUGGAGCAUUUGCUGCCAUGGAAAGAGGGAUUCUGGUGUCCUGCUCUGCGGGUAAUUCUGGUCCCAGAUCUUCCGAUAUAUCGAACGUAGCUCCGUGGAUUACUACUGUAGGUGCUGGUACUAUAGAUCGGGAUUUUCCGGCACUAGUGAUUCUAGGCAACGGUAAUAAUUAUUCUGGAGUUUCGUUGAUUAAAGGAGAUGCUCUUCCUGAACUGUUGCCGUUUGUUUACGCCGGGAAUGCUAGUAACGCUACUAAUGGAAACUUUUGUGUUUCCGGGACCCUAAUUCCGGAGAAAGUUAAGGGGAAGAUCGUGAUGUGCGACAGGGGAGUGAACUUUAGGGUUGAGAAAGGGGAGGUGGUGAAAGCUGUUGGUGGACUCGGAAUGAUUCUGGCUAAUACUGCGGAGAACGGAGAAGAGCUUGUGGCGGAUGCUCAUUUGUUACCCGCGACCGCUGUUGGAGAGAAAGCCGGAGAAAUCAUCCGGCAUUAUGUCAUCACCCAUCCGAAUCCCACUGCUUCGAUUUUGACACAAGGAACUGUUGUCAAUGUCCAGCCAUCUCCAGUAGUUGCAGCAUUUAGCUUGCGAGGGCCUAAUCCAACAACGCCAAACAUUCUCAAACCGGAUUUGAUAGCUCCGGGGGUCAAUAUCCUCGCCGCGUGGACCGGAGCUAAGGGACCCACCGAACUGGCUUCUGACACACGCCGCGUGGAGUUCAACAUCAUCUCAGGAACGUCGAUGUCUUGCCCUCACGUGAGCGGUUUAGCAGCUCUUCUCAAGUCUGUGCAUCCAGAAUGGAGUCCGGCGGCAAUUCGAUCGGCUCUCAUGACAACCGCUUACAGUACCUACAAAGACGGGAAACCGUUAAUCGACAUCGCAACGGGAAAACCUUCAACUCCGUUCGAUCACGGUGCAGGACACGUGUCACCGACGAUGGCCGUCAAUCCAGGACUUAUUUACGACAUAUUGACUGUGGAUUAUUUAGAUUUCCUCUGCGCAUUGAAUUACACAUCGUCGCAGAUCAUGAAAGUAUCGCGACGCAACUACACUUGCGAUCCAAGCAAAACGUACUCUGUAGGUAAUCUAAAUUAUCCGUCGUUCGCCCUUAACGUCCAGGGAUCCGGCGCGUACACGUACACGCGCACAGUCACGAACGUUGGAGAAGCUGGAUCAUACUCGGUUAAAGUAACCUCGGAGACAACUAUAGUCAAUAUAUCGGUCGUACCAGCUGUUUUGAAUUUCAAAGAGGUAAACGAGAAGAAAUCGUAUUCAGUAACGUUUAAUGUAGACUCAUCUAAGGCGUCUGGGUCUAACAGCUUCGGGAGCAUCCAAUGGUCAGACGGAAUACACGUGGUGGGCAGUCCCGUGGCGAUUAGCUGGGCAUAGUGGUAUUUUAUGACAAACUUUGCUCUUGAAAAAGAAGAAAGUCAACGAUAUUAUAAUGCUCCUUUUUCAUAAGAGUUCUGUUUAGCAUAAUCACAUGCAGUCUGUUUUAAGGGCUAAUCUAGUUUGUUUUGGAAA